AUGUCCGCCAGUGACGGGGAACGCUCGCCCAAACGCCAGCGACUCGAAUCGUAUUCACCAGCCAGCCCACCUUUGAACCCCGACACAAAGGCCUUUAUUCCCCCCAACACGCCUCCCCCCAGCGUCCGCAUGUCUCCGUCAUGGCAGGCACAGUCUUCUCAAAAUCACCAUCAAGGCAAUAGUAGCACUUUUCCAACACCGCCGAGCACGUCUGGAUUCCACGGUCACGCAACUGGACGAGGCGCAGGAAGCGACGCAGGAGGAGACAGUGGUCGGCAGACGCCUGUGACGGACGCAGGCGGCGAAGUGCGCAAAGACAGCGACGGUGAUAUGGAGAUGGCGGAUCGACAGGAUGGUGGCGAUGGAGAUGCAGAGCACAGAAGAACGAACCACGAGCGGCAACGGAACGCCGAUGCUGCGUCGUCAUCAUCGCUCUCAGUUGUGCAGCCACUGCACAAGCUCUCCACAACUCCCAUCCCUCAAGUUCUUCCGCAUCCUUCACUGGAUCUUAUUCAGCUCUACAGUCUUCAGCGUAUUCAAGCCUCAGUGGCACGGCGUGACCCUCGGACUGGCGAGAAGAUUAACAAGCUGCGCAAGUCGUACGAGAAUAAGGUCAAAGCCCUAGGCUUGGAAGGUCGAAAUAAAGCCACCCAGAAUUCGAAUGAAUUGCAAGGACUGCUCGACCCAGGAUGGAACUUUGAGCAUGAACCAGGCGUGACUUACUGGCAGGCAAAGGUGCGCGACAGCAACAUGCAACUUGGAAACAAGGACGCGGAGGAUGAAAUAUUUUCGAAACUGAGCGCUGCAUUCGACCUUCACCCGGGACGACUCCCACCAAAGGAGCACAAAGAGUAUCAGAGCAUGCUCGGCCUGGACGAUCCUGCUGCUGGCGUGAAGCCGGCUAUGAACAAAGCUCCCAACGGACCGGUAAGUGCAAUGGCGAAGACAGCACCCGCAGCUCAAAUCCGCAAUUCUGCGCCCGCAUCUCCUGGCAACAUGGCUGGACGACCAGAUCGGGCGAACAAGAAGCGACGCUACGAUGACUCGAGCUUUGUCGGAUACCAGGAGGGGUAUGAGGACGAUGGCUACAGUACUGGUGGAAUGGAUGACACGGGCAGGCGUGGCAGCAAUGCCAAGCGCCAGAAGCGCAAGGACUUCCCCUCUACCUCCGCAACCGCUCAACAAUCCGCCCGCAACUCGCCAUCGACAUUCUCGAACGGCACCCAGAACGGUAUGGUCGGAGUUCGCAGUUCGUAA